CUCCCACAAGUAUGAUUUGCAUCAUAAAUUUGUAAAGAGUCAUAUAUAGUCAUCAACGACACAUUUAUAACAAUGGCAACGAAAUCAACAAUUUCAUUCACAUUCUUCUCCUUAGUCAUGUUAGCACUAGCAAAUGGUUCUAACACCGGCAAAAUUGCAAUUUACUGGGGCCAAAACGGAAAUGAGGGCACGUUAGCCGAGGCUUGUGCCACUGGAAACUAUGAAUACGUGAUCAUAGCAUUCUUGCCAACUUUUGGCGACGGCCAAACUCCCAUGAUCAAUCUAGCUGGUCAUUGUGAUCCAUACAGUGAUGGAUGCACCGGCAUAACCUCAGACAUUAAAUCAUGUCAAGCCAAAGGUAUCAAAGUUUUGUUGUCAAUAGGAGGAGGUGCCGGAAGCUACUCAAUUGCAUCUAUACAAGACGCGAGUAGUGUAGCAACUUACCUUUGGAAUAACUUCUUGGGCGGACAAUCUUCGUCUCGCCCUCUUGGUCCUGCUGUUCUCGAUGGCAUUGACUUCGAUAUUGAAGGUGGAUCAAACCAGCAUUGCGGUGAUCUUGCUAGGUACCUUAAAGGGUAUAAUGGGAAAAAAGUUUACAUAACUGCAGCUCCUCAGUGUCCAUUUCCUGAUGCUUGGAUAGGAAAUGCUCUUACAACAGGACUUUUCGAUUAUGUUUGGGUGCAAUUCUACAACAACCCUCCUUGUCAAUACAAUCCUGGUGAAAUUAGCAACUUUGAAGAUGCAUGGAAGCAGUGGAUAUCAGCUAUCCCUGCAAACAAGAUAUUCUUGGGGUUACCGGCUUCUCCAGAGGCUGCAGGCAGUGGUUUCAUUCCUGCAGCUGAUCUAACUUCUACCGUGCUUCCGGCUAUUAAGGGUUCUGCUAAAUAUGGUGGUGUUAUGUUGUGGUCUAGGUAUGACGAUGCUCAGAGUGGUUAUAGCUCUUCUAUCAAGAGCCAUGUGUGAAAUCUAAAUUCAUCUAUGUAAUAUGUAAUGUUUAUUUGUGUAUAUGUAAUAUGUGAAGUUUAUUUGUGUACUGGUUGGUGUAUGUAAAAAUAUCUCUGUCUAUAAUAUGAACAUGUUUUGUUGAAAAUUGAAAUGA